AUGUUUGUAAACAAAUUUGGAGAUCUGAAUUCACCGGUGGCCAACGAGAAGAUCUCUGUUCCUGAGGAGAGCUCACAACAAAAGGUUCUCGUAAGGGUGCAACCUGGCUUCUUUUAUAACUGCUGUUUUAGGCUUGUUGUAAUACGUUUUUGGGAUUUUCUUUACUAAUUUAUGGGUCUUCCCUCUGUCUUUGCCCAUCUUUUAUCACUGGUCUUCUUCUUUUUCUCGCCAUCCUUACCACCGGUUUGAUGUACACCGCCGAGAUUGAGCAGCUGAAGAUAUAUGGAGUCCCUAUUAUCAUGCAACUUGUAGGUUUGGCCUAUAUAUAGCAAUAUAGUUUCAGUGGAUGCUGUUCACCUUCACAUUGCCAGGAGUUGUUUCCGUCAUCUUCCGUGUCCUCGCGUAUUUUUGGAGAGAUUCUUUUAAGUAAUUAGAUUUCCUGAUAUUACAUAUAUGAUUCCAGAAAUGCGCAUUUUGUCCAAGCAUACAUGGAUGUCACAAUGUCAUUCAUUUGUAUUUGCAUUGCCCUCAACUUGAGUUACCUUCUUUGUUUCAUCUACACCGAUCCCGAAUUCAAAUUGAAUAGCGCGUUCAAGUUUCUCUUAUUUGGUGUGAUUGCCAUGCUGAUGUCAUACGAAUUCAUCUAUCGCGGUGUCAGUGCUUCGAAUGGACUUAAAUUUGAGAUGCAAGAUUGUGAAUACGGUUUUAUCAAAAUUGCCGAGAUUUAUUAG